AUGGCAGAGCGUCAGCAGGAACGCGCGUCGCCGUCACAACCGCAACAGCAGCAGAGCCAACCAGGAGCGCCCAUGGCGACGGACGCGCAAACGGAGGCGCGCGCAGCAUCAGUCGAGGCGGUGCAGGCGGCGCAGGAGGCGGAAGAGGCGAGCAAGCGCGCGUACGUGAAGCAGGCGCAAGCGCAGGAGAAGAUGCAGGUGGCGGCGCAGGUAGCGGCGCAGCAGCAGCAGGCGGCGCGGCAGGCGGCGAGCAUGGCGGCGAGCGAGGCAGCGCGCGCUGUGAGGGAGGACGAGCGCGCAGCGGGGCGGCAGCAGCAGCAGGAGUCAGCGGUACAGGGCAUGAUAGCGCAGCAGGCAGCGCAGAUGGCGGUGCAGCAACAGCAGCAGCAGCCACAACAGCCCAUGCAGGCAGCAGUGCAGCAGCAGCAGGGCAUGGUGACAGGCCCUAGUACCGCACCUCUCCCUGGUGCCAGUGGAAGCUACUAUUCACCAGCUCCGGGGGCUGCCAUGAGUGGAGUGGAAGGGGCAGCACCGUUGUUGGCAGCAGCGAUGCAGGGCGAGCAUGCGGGUGCAGCAGCACAGGCGUUUGUGGCGCAGAUGGCGAGUGAGGCGGCGGAAACUGCGGCACAGAGCAUGGCAGCAGCACAGCACAUGGCCGCCUCUGCUCCCAACGAUGCUGCCGUGCAGCAGGCAGCAGGGCAGCAGGCAGCGUUAUCAGAGGAGCAGAUGGCUCUGGCACGGCAGCUGGCGGCGGCAAGCAAUGAUCCAGGCACGGCAUUGCACACGGCACAGGCGCAGGAGAAGAAGGCGAAGCGGCACAUCUACAGCACGGGCGCCGCUGGGUGCGGAGGGAAGGCGGCGCCCACCAACGCCAAGAACACGGGGCAGCCGCUACCGUGUCCGUUCUGCGAGCGCGUGUUCAAGCAGGACGGGCGACUCAAGGACCACAUCAAGAGCCAGCACGCUGACGCCGCCGCCGUCAAUGCUGACGUGGACACACCCAACGGAGCGCCGACGACAGGUGUUGCUGGCGCGCAGAGCGUGGGCAGAGGGGCGGGCGCAGCGGGGGCUGGCGCGAAUGCGCGGGGAGGUGAUGGGGCGGGGAGGGGGAAUGGUGCGGCAGUAGGGGGAGUGGAUGGGGAGAAGGGCGGAGCUGGAGCGGGAGCGGCAGGCGGAGGCGGGGGGGGGGGGCGUGUACUAUGUGAAGACGCCCAAGGUGCUGCUGAACGAGUGGUGCCAGAAGAGCAAGCACCCCACGCCCAAGUACAAACACGUGCGCGCCUCCCCACCUCGCCCUCCUCUCGCAUUCCCCCGACUCCUCGCCUUUCCCAACACUCCCCCUUCCCUCCUUUCCCCCUUUCUCCCACUCCAAUCUCCUCUCACUUCUUCCUUCCCUCAACACCCCUCCGUCCCUAUCCCGCCUAUACUUCCCGUCCCCAUCCUUUUCCCCUGCUCUGCGCGCAGGUGGAGGCGCCAGGCGGGGGCUUCCACGCGCGCGCCAUCAUCCCGGAUCCGCGCGACCCCACACAGGACACCAUCGUGUGGUGGCGCGGCACGCCUCCCGCGCCCUCGUCUUUGGACGCGCACAACCGCGCCGCCACCAUGGCCCUGCACCGCGUCAUGGGCUCCACCAGGAUGGAUCGAGUGUUGGGGGAGGAGUACCGGCAGCAGUGGAGGGAUUUAGACCGUGAGGCGGAGGACAGGAAGGAGCGCGACAGGCGCCAUGCGGAGGACAGGCAGCGGCGCGAGGAGCGGGAGCGAGCGCAGCAGCAGCGGCAGGUGCAGCGCGCCAAUGUGUUCCUGAGCGAUGAUAAGCGCCAGCUCGUGCACGCCCUGCUCUCCACUGCCCCCGCACCUGCCCCCGCCUCCUCCUUGCCUGCCCCGUUUGUCCCCGCCACUACUGCGGCUGCUCCCCAGGGCGGGGUGGACUUGAGCGGGGCUCAUGCUGCAACCGCUGGUAUUGCCUCAGUGCCACUGCACGCAGCACCGCCAGUGUCAGCAGCGCCUGCUAGUGGCAGCGAGAGUGAGAGCAGCAGGCAGGCAGUGGCCAAUCAGCUGCUGGCAUCUGGCUUCCCGCUGGAAUGGACACAGCAAGCCACUGCCCACUGCUCUGACUACGUGGCAGCACGUGAUUGGCUCAUCCUGCACAUGCCAGAGCACCUGCUCCCAGCCCAGUUCGCUGCCUCCACAUCCGCCUCCGCGGUUGCAGUGCUGCACUCCGCCUCUCCCGCUGCCAUUCCCUCCGCCACCGCCCUCCAAAUCGACCAGUGGCAGCCGGGCAUCUCCCCUCAGCUGCGCUGGCUACUUGCAUGUGGCUAUGACGGCCCCUCCGCCCUGCAAGCGCUCUCUCUCACUGCUCAUGCCGGUGCAGAUGACGAGGUGGCGGCGCUGCAGUGCCUGCAGCAGCGCUUCCCCAUGGACGUGCGCGGUGCACAAGGCAUGGGGGGAGGGGAUGGCGCAGAGGGGGGAGAAGGGGACGCGGAGGGUACGGAGUGGGGGGAAGGGGAGCAGCGGGGCGAGGGGGAGGUGGGGGAGGCGAGGGAGGAGGAGCGCAUGGUGCUGGAGGCAAUCUUUGGGCCGGAUCUGGCAGUGCGCGAGGUGCAGAGCGGUGCUGGGGGGUUGGCGGUGGUGAUGUCGGUGCGGAUAAAGCAGGAGGCGGGUGGUGCGCAUGGGGAUGGCGAGGACAGCACGCCUACACAUGCUGCUGCGCUUCAUCUUGAGGUGCGCUGCAAACCCAAUGCUACCAUGCCGUUUCUCUUGUUUCUGUGCUCAUGCCCGCAUCUUCCCCUCCUUUGCCCCCUCGUCUCCCCCUCCGCCAUUCAUUCCUUUUCCUGCACUCUUCCCCCCACCAUCCCCCCACUCGCCCCCCACUACCCUCCAGUACCAGUUGCAGCAGCAGCUGUUUCAGCAGCACCAGUCGCUGCUAAUUCCAACACAGGUGCUGCUGCUGCUACUGCCAGUGCUGCUGCUACUGCCAGUGCUGCUGCUACUGCCAGUGCUGGUGCUGCGAGCGCCAGUGCCGGUGGUGCUGGCAGGGACAUGGAAGUGCGGGCAGCAGGGGACGACGCAUGGUGGCAGCAGAGCAGAGCAGGGGGAAAGCCAGGCAGGGGAGCAGGGCGGGGAAUGGGUGAGGGCGAAGCCAGGGAGGAUUGGGAGCGGCUGAAGCGGUGGUGGGAGGAGAUGCAGGGGAGCAGGCAGCACGCGGGCAUGAUGCAGACGCGGAGGGGCCUGCCUGUGGCGGCGUCCAGAGCGCAAGUGCUGGCAGCACUGCAGCAGUCGUGGGUGGUGGUGGUCAGUGGCGCCACUGGCAGCGGCAAGAGCACCCAGGUCCUGUCCCGUUGUGCGCCUGUUGCUCUUUCACCAACCAUCAUUCCAUCCAACCCCUCUCGUGCUGUCGCUCCAUCCAUCUGCAUCACUCUCGCGCCCGCAUCUCCCAACCCCCCCCCUGCUCCCUCCCACCACCAGGUGCCCCAGUACAUUCUAGAGGGCGCCUCUGAGGUGCCCCAGUACAUCCUGGAGGGCGCCUUAGAGGAAUCCGCCGCUGCACCUGCGUCAUCCUCGCACCCUGCACCGUGCUGCUCCGUGGUGAUCACGCAGCCGCGUCGCAUAUCAGCAGUGGGCCUCGCGCACAGGGUGGCGCAGGAGAGGGCUGAGACCGUCGGCGACACUGUGGGGUAUGCGAUCCGCAUGGAGGCACGGCGCUCGCAGCGCACGCGGCUGCUCUUCUGCACCACAGGGCUGCUGCUGCGGCGCCUGCUGGCGGACCCACUGCUGGCGGGGGUGUCACACGUGGUGGUAGACGAGGUGCACGAGCGCUCUCUCGACAGCGACCUGCUGCUGCUGCUGCUGCGCUUCGCACUCCUGCAACGCAACCUGGCUCAACAGCAGGGGCCGGGCCAGGAGAAUCUGCCUCUGCUGCGCAUAGUGCUCAUGUCAGCCACAGCCGACGCGCACGCCUUCGCAGACUACUUCCACCGCCUCCUCCUCUCCCACUCCCACCACUUCCCGCCCUCCCUCCUCUCUCCCCACCCCACAUCCCUCACGCCCUCCACUCCCCUCUCCUCCCUCCUGACCUCACGCCUGCCGCGCCCGGCGCUGAUCACAGUACCAGGGCGCACCCACCCGGUGCGACAGUUGUUUCUGGAAGACGCUCUUGCCCUCACCAACACGGUUAUUGGCCGCAACUCCAAGUAUGCGCGUAAGGGCGCCGGCAAGAGCAACGCUGUUGCAGGAGGCAUGGCACGCGGGGAAAGUGCAGGCAGGGAGGGUGGCGGGGCUGUGGAGAUGGGGGCAAAUGGGGGCGGAGCUGGAGAAAAGGUGGGAGACGCGGAGGAGGGUAAGGUGGCGGGGGAGGAAGACGAUGAGGAGGAGGAGGGUGGGUGGGAGUCUCUGGCGGAUGAUGCGGGUGAUGUGAUCAGCAACAGCAGCAGCAGUGGGCGCAGCAGUGGUGCGGCACUCAGUGCGAGCUCUGCUCCCAUGGCAGAGCACGGCAUGGGUGUGGCGGGUGGCAAUGGAACAGGUGGACAGGGGGCAGUAACAGCAGCAGCAACAGGAGGAGCGGUUGCAGGUGGACGGGCAGGAGCGGUGGCAGGAGGAGGAGGGGCAGGAGGGGGUGGGCAGUACAGUGAGGCGGUGUUGCGGUCGCUGGCAGUGGUGGAGGAGAGUGUGAUCAACUACGAGCUGAUAGAAGCCCUCAUCGCUGCCAUCGUGCGCUCCAACUCCCACCCCCACCAGCAUCAGCAGCAGCAGCAGCAGUGGCAGCAGCGGGAAGAGGAGGUGGUGGGGUCGUCAGCAGGCAGCAGCGUCGGCAGCAGCACCUUCAGCUGGGACAGCGCAGCCAGCAGCAGCAGUGGUAACAGCAGCGCCGCUGCCUCAUCGUUGCUGGUGCCUGAACCAGCAGAGGGCAGAACGGGCAGUGGGCCGUCAAGAGGCGCGCUCAAGGCGAGGGGCAUACUGGUGUUCCUGCCGGGUAUGGCUGAGAUCAAGCACUUGCAGCGACAGCUGGAGGGGAGCCGGGUGCUGCAGCAGGCGGUGGAGGGGGCGGGGCAGCGAGGAGGGCGGGGGGCGAUGGUGGUGGUGACGCUGCAUGGGUCCCUGGCACAGAAGGAGCAGCAGCGGGUGUUUGCAGCGGUGGCGGAGGGCACGUGGAAGGUGGUGCUUUCUACUAACGUGGCUGAGACCAGUGUCACCAUCGACGAUGUCGUGUGGGUGGUGGACAGUGGGCGGAAGAGGGAGGUGGUGCACGAUGUGGUGCGGGGCAUGGACGUCAUGGGCGAUGCGUGGGUGUCACAGGCAGCGGCAUCGCAGAGGGCGGGGCGAGCAGGCAGGGUGCAGCCGGGGUGCUGCAUCCGCCUCUACUCGCGCUCCCUCUUCCACUCCCUGCCGCCGCACACGCCACCGGAGAUGCUGCGCGUCUCCCUCCACUCGCUCUGCUUGCAGGUGAUCAGGAGCUCCGGUUCUGGAGCUCGGGUUCUGGAGGUCGGGUUCUGGAGGUUCUGGAGGUCAGGUUCUGGAGGUCAGGUUCUGGAGCUCGGGUUCUGGAGCUCCGGUUCUGGAGGUCAGGUUCUGGAGGUUCUGGAGCUCGGGUUCUGGAGGUCGGAUUCUGGAGGUCCGGUUCUGGAGCUCCGGUUCUGGAGGUUCUGGAGGUCAGGUUCUGGAGGUCGGGUUCUGGAGCUCGGGUUCUCGACUCCGGUUCUGGAGGUUCUGGAGCUUGGGUUCUGGAGCUCGGGUUCUGGAGGUCAGGUUCUGGAGCUCCGGUUCUGGAGCUCGGGUUCUGGAGGUUCUGGAGCUCCGGUUCUGGAGCUCGGGUUCUGGAGGUUCUGGAGCUUGGGUUCUGGAGCUCGGGUUCUGGAGCUCGGGUUCUGGAGCUCCGGUUCUGGAGGUCAGGUUCUGGAGGUUCUGGAGCUCGGGUUCUGGAGCUCGGGUUCUGGAGCUCGGGUUCUGGAGGUCGGGGCUCUGGAGGUUCUGGAGCUCGGGUUCUGGAGGUCGGAUUCUGGAGGUCCGGUUCUGGAGCUCCGGUUCUGGAGGUUCUGGAGGUCAGGUUCUGGAGGUCGGGUUCUGGAGCUCGGGUUCUCGAGCUCCGGUUCUGGAGGUCAGGUUCUGGAGGUUCUGGAGGUUCUGGAGCUUGGGUUCUGGAGCUCGGGUUCUGGAGGUCAGGUUCUGGAGCUCCGGUUCUGGAGCUCGGGUUCUGGAGGUCAGGUUCUGGAGGUUCUGGAGCUCGGGUUCUUGAGCUCGGGUUCUGGAGGUUCUGGAGGUCAGGUUCUGGAGCUUGGGUUCUGGAGCUCCGGUUCUGGAGGUCAGGUUCUGGAGGUUCUGGAGCUUGGGUUCUGGAGCUCGGGUUCUGGAGGUCAGGUUCUGGAGGUUCUGGAGCUUGGGUUCUGGAGCUCGGGUUCUGGAGGUCAGGUUCUGGAGCUUGGGUUCUGGAGCUCGGGUUCUGGAGGUCCGGUUCUGAAGGUUCUGGAGCUCCGGUUCUGGAGCUCCGGUUCUGGAGGUCCGGUUCUGGAGGUCGGGUUCUGGAGCUCAGGUUCUGGAGGUUCUGGAGCUCGGGUUCUGGAGCUCGGGUUCUGGAGCUCGGGUUCUGGAGGUCGGGUUUUGGAGGUUCUGGAGCUCGGGUUCUGGAGGUCGGAUUCUGGAGGUCCGGUUCUGGAGCUCCGGUUCUGGAGGUUCUGGAGGUCAGGUUCUGGAGGUCGGGUUCUGGAGCUCGGGUUCUCGACUCCGGUUCUGGAGGUUCUGGAGCUUGGGUUCUGGAGCUCCGGUUCUGGAGGUCAAGUUCUGGAGCUCUGGUUCUGGAGCUCGGGUUUUGGAGGUUCUGGAGGUCGGGUUCUGGAGCUCAGGUUCUUGAGCUCGGGUUCUGGAGGUCAGGUUCUGGAGCUUGGGUUCUGGAGCUCCGGUUCUGGAGGUCAAGUUCUGGAGCUCCGGUUCUGGAGCUCGGGUUUUGGAGGUUCUGGAGGUUCUGGAGCUCCGGUUCUGGAGCUCGGGUUCUGGAGGUUCUGGAGCUUGGGUUCUGGAGCUCGGGUUCUGGAGCUCGGGUUCUGGAGCUCCGGUUCUGGAGGUCAGGUUCUGGAGGUUCUGGAGCUCGGGUUCUGGAGGUCGGAUUCUGGAGGUCCGGUUCUGGAGCUCCGGUUCUGGAGGUUCUGGAGGUCAGGUUCUGGAGGUCGGGUUCUGGAGCUCGGGUUCUCGAGCUCCGGUUCUGGAGGUCAGGUUCUGGAGGUUCUGGAGGUUCUGGAGCUCGGGUUCUGGAGGUCGGAUUCUGGAGGUCCGGUUCUGGAGCUCCGGUUCUGGAGGUUCUGGAGGUCAGGUUCUGGAGGUCGGGUUCUGGAGCUCGGGUUCUCGACUCCGGUUCUGGAGGUUCUGGAGCUCGGGUUCUGGAGCUCCGGUUCUGGAGGUCAGGUUCUGGAGGUUCUGGAGCUCCGGUUCAAGAGCUCGGGUUCUGGAGGUCAGGUUCUGGAGCUCGGGUUCUGGAGCUCGGGUUCUGGAGCUCGGGUUCUGGAGGUUCUGGAGCUCGGGUUCUGGAGGUCGGAUUCUGGAGGUCCGGUUCUGGAGCUCCGGUUCUGGAGGUUCUGGAGGUCAGGUUCUGGAGGUCGGUUUCUGGAGCUCGGGUUCUCGAGCUCCGGUUCUGGAGGUCAGGUUCUGGAGGUUCUGGAGCUUGGGUUCUGGAGCUUCGGUUCUGGAGGUCAAGUUCUGGAGCUCCGGUUCUGGAGCUCGGGUUUUGGAGGUUCUGGAGGUUCUGGAGCUCGGGUUCUGGAGCUCGGGUUCUGGAGCUCGGGUUCUGGAGGUCGGGUUUUGGAGGCUCUGGAGGUUCUGGAGCUCGGGUUCUGGAGGUCGGAUUCUGGAGGUCCGGUUCUGGAGUUCCGGUUCUGGAGGUUCUGGAGGUCAGGUUCUGGAGGUCGGGUUCUGGAGCUCGGGUUCUCGAGCUCCGGUUCUGGAGGUCAGGUUCUGGAGGUUCUGGAGGUUGGGUUCUGGAGCCCGGGUUCUGGAGGUACGGUUCUGGAGCUCAGGUUCUGGAGCUCGGGUUCUGGAGCUCCGGUUCUGGAGGUUCUGGAGCUUGGGUUCUGGAGCUCGGGUUCUGGAGGUCAGGUUCUGGAGCUCCGGUUCUGGAGCUCGGGUUCUGGAGGUCAGGUUCUGGAGGUUCUGGAGCUCGGGUUCUUGAGCUCGGGUUCUGGAGGUCAGGUUCUGGAGCUCCGGUUCUGGAGCUCCGGUUCUGGAGGUUCUGGAGGUCAGGUUCUGGAGCUCGGGUUCUGGAGCUCCGGUUCUGGAGGUCAGGUUCUGGAGGUUCUGGAGCUCCGGUUCUGGAGCUCGGGUUCUGGAGGUCAGGUUCUGGAG